AUGGCAAGAUCAGGUCAUUCCACUCAGUUGACUUCUAGAAGACACAGAACGUGUCCACCACAGUCACAGAAGCUCACGGAAAACGAAAUUUCAGAGCUGAAGAACUACCUUCCUGAGUGGACUUCUGCAAAAAGGAGUGAGAAACGGGGAGUUUUCAAUGCCAUAGCGCGAGUGGCCAGGUUAUUUGCUCCUAAGGUCGACCAAGGACAAUGGAAAAAGAGGAAGCAGAUGUAUAAAACUUGGUUGUUCAACAACAAGAAAAAGAAGGAAAGGAAGGACAUGAUUAAGUAUGGGAGGAAAUGGACGCCUAGGCAGGUGAUCUAUCAGCAGAACAGAGAGGAAGUGCUAAAGAGGAUUGAGGACGAGUUCGGGGCAAAGCCAGGAGGUCAAGACAUGUUCAAGCAUUAUCAAGCUGUGGUGAAGAAGGUCAUGGCCGAUUUGUCCGAGGAUGAGUUGGAGAAGGCGAAAGAAACCGCCGAAGAAUGGUCCAACAACUUUCCUCCUCCUGAGACGCAGGCGCAAGUCGCCCGUAAGAAGGGACCUGUAUAUAUGGAGCACUUUUCGAACGAGAUGUGGAGACAGUGCGGGAUGAGAGUGUUUGUGUUGUCGGCUUGGAAGAAUGAACACGGAGAGGUGCUGUUCGGGAUGCACGAUGACAACGAGGCAUUAGGGGAUGGGGGCAGCUUCAUGAAGACUAAGGACUGGGAGGACAUAGAGCCGGUUUGGCAGGAGUACGCGCAGGAACAGUUCGGUGGUGAGGCACGGGAUGGAGGGCGACAGGUGAAGGGAGGGCGAAAAAGAAUGAAGAAACCGGUGUUCGAUCUGGAAUUGGAUGGGGAUGGGAUGCCAUUGCUUCUGGACAUCAGGGAAACAAAACUGGAGGAGAAGAAGGCCAUAGUGAGGGCUUUUCUUACAAAGCACUAUAGGAUCUGUUCUGGGAUUGACAAGGCCGUCGUGCCGUGGAGUGCCAUCAUACAAAGUCAGGAUGACUUUGUGGCCAGACAGUAUCUUCCGGAGGAUGUAAACUUGAAGGAGCCUUCCAAGUUGCAAAAUUGGGAUACCACCACCUUGCUCAAUUUCUGGUAUGCUCGUCAGAAAAUGGGUGAAGGUCCGAUGUUCCUGUUCAAGGCAUGGAGGAACAAAGAAGGCGACAUGGUAGAUUCCGUUGUAUCUGAGAAAUCACCUCCUCGUCUGAAGCAUAAGAGGGUGAUGAUCUGGAGACCUCAGGAGUCAUCAAGCGAAUCCGAGAGUGAGGCUGAGGGCCCUGGCGAUGUUGAACAUGAAGUUCCACUGCCAGCCCUGAAGAGCUUCUGGAGGAAGAAAGAUGCGAUUGAGGCACCAGCGAGAACAACUCGGAGUAAGUCAGUGCAACAACCAUCUGACAGAGUUACUAGAGCAAGGGGCAAAAAGUAA